AUGGCCGAGGACAAUGACCUGGACAUCGGGGCCAGCACGACUCCUGGAGGCGAUCCCAAUCCCGGCGCUGCGGCGAGAAACCCUCUCCUGGAACCGUCGAACCCGCUCGUGACGGAUUUGGAGCAGGAGGUUCUGGAUGAGUAUGCGCGGUUGCUGGAUAAUCUGCAUAAGUUAUCCUCUUCCCUGGCCGACCUAGCCGGAUCCCCAGCCUCCCUGACCCUCGACGGCCUGCGCAUGCUAGAACGCAAGACGGCGACCGUAUACACGCUCCUGAAAGCGAGCGUGUACAGCAUCGUGUUGCAGCAGCAGAUCAUCAACGAUGGGGAAGCGAACCCUGGUGGUGGUGGUGGUGGUGGUGAUGUCCAGUCGAUGUCGAUGUUGGAGGGCGAUGAUACGGUUACCAAUUGA